CCUAACUCUAUUUUCUAUUUAUAAUUAUGUUUGAUAAUCGAAGUUCCCUAAAAUCAAAAAAUGAGUGGAAAAAAAUUUAAUUUUGCUAAACACAAAUUACAACAAUCAUCAUUGUUAUCGUUUGUAACAAAUUCUAACACAAAUUCUGCUUCUAAUAAAAACCAGAACAGUGCUGAUUCUAAUUUAAAUAAAACUUCAGAUAUUGUUGACAUUGACGAUGAUGAUGAUGAUUUUCAGCCAACUCCUAAAGACUUUAAAAAUAGAAUUAAUUUUAAACAAGAAACUCGCCCUAGUAUAACUGCAGAUAGUUUCACAGACGAUGGAAUUAGGUUUAAAUCGUUAUCACAACAAUCUGACAAAGAAAAUGCUAAUAUAUCGAUUAUGGACACUAGUAAUAGUCAUAAUCCAUCACCAAUAAAGAAAAAAUUUGAUUUUAAGAAAGUAAAGGAAUGUAUAGAGCGUAUAAAUGACAACGACAGUAUUCCAAAUAAAUCAAAACCUUCUGACACGGUUGAAAAACAUGUUAAACAAAAUGCAACUGAUUGCCCAAAACAAGUAGCUUCUGAAUCCAGUACUUCUAAGAUACUUAAAAGCGAACACAUUGAAAAACAUGUUCGGCAAAAUAUAAUAGAUUGCCCAAAACAAGUAGCUUCCGAAUCCAGUACUUCUAAGAUAGUAAAAAGCAGUCACGUAGAAUCUCCUCCAUUUAAAGAGAAAGAUUUAAAAACAGAAUCAAAAAAUAACAACUUAACGAAAACAUUAAAAAAAUUUGAUGAUUUAGUAAAAGAUGAUUUUAUUAAAAGCACCCGUUUAUCUACAAAAACAACAAUUUUGUCACGAAAGAAGCCAUUAUCUACAAAAUCUAAUGAAAAAACCAGCAACGAUGAAAUCAUUCACAGAAGUAAAUUUUUUACAAGUACAUCAGAAAAAAAUGAUAACACUUCCAAAGCUACGGAUAAUUUACCCCCUUUAAAUGAAUUGCAAACGGAAUAUAUUCAAGUAUUAGAAAAAAUGUGUGCAAUUUACGAUAGCAUACCGGAACGAAUUUUAGAAGGUAAACAUCGAAUUCAUGAUAAAUCUUUAAGUCCGAAAAAAGAUGAUUUCGCUAAUAAAUCAAUAGAAAUAAUAAGUCCAAAAAAAGAUAAAAAUGAUUUGGGUAAUAAAUCAGUAGAAAUAAUAAGUCCAAAAAAAGAUAAAAUUAUAAAUGAUUUUGGUAACAAUUCAGUAGAAAUAAUAAGUCCAAAAAGUACAAAUAAAAAACAUUAA